AUGAAUUCAUCAACAGUUAUUAAUGCUCUAUAUAGUUUCUUUGGCAAGAAGAACAAUAAAUUAACAUGGUCAGGAUCUCUAGAAGAUCUCAAGGCAUUUGUUCUUACAAUAGUCGACGAAGAAACUGCUGAAAGUUCGACAUGGCGUUCACCCAGUGGCGGAAAAUGGUGCUUCGACAGCGAUCAACUUAAAGUUACGUGGUAUAUACGAAGAGCGAAGCAAUACUCUUUGAAGGGACCAAAGCUAAACAUUUGUCUACACGAAUACAUGGUAUUCUUGUAG